AUGUCUCUCCUACUCAAUCUGUUCUUUACGGGCCUGAUCGGCUCAGUCCUCGCUGCGACUCCUGCUCAGUGGCGCUCACAGUCGAUCUAUUUCAUGCUCACUGAUCGGUUUGCAAGAACGGAUGGCUCAACUACGGCUACCUGUAAUACCGACGAUAGGGCAUAUUGCGGUGGUACCUGGCAAGGAAUCAUUGACCAGCUAGACUACAUUCAGGGAAUGGGCUUUACUGCCAUCUGGAUCACUCCUGUCACUGGUCAGCUGACGGGAGAUACUGGGGAUGGCACAGCAUAUCAUGGAUACUGGCAACAGGAUAUUUAUUCGUUGAACUCAAACUAUGGAACAGCCAGUGACCUCAAGUCUCUGGCUUCGGCUCUCCACGAUCGUGGCAUGUACCUGAUGGUAGAUGUCGUGGCUAACCACUUGGGCUACGCUGGCGCUGGCAACACCGUUGAUUAUAGUGUCUUCGACCCUUUCAACUCAAAUGACUAUUUUCACUCAUACUGUGAGGUCACAGACUACAGUAACCAGACUAACGUGGAGGAUUGUUGGCUUGGUGACACAACUGUUUCCUUGCCUGAUCUCAAUACCGAGUCAGAAAGUGUUCAAAAUAUAUGGUAUAGCUGGGUUGGCUCUUUGGUUUCCAACUAUUCGAUUGAUGGUCUGCGCAUUGACACUGUCAAGCACGUUCAAAAAGACUUCUGGUCUGACUAUAACAAAGCUGCUGGUGUCUACUGUGUCGGUGAGGUCUUCGAUGGCGAUGCAAGCUACACGUGCCCUUAUCAGGAGGUUAUGGAUGGGCUGCUAAACUAUCCCAUGUACUACCCGCUGCUUCGGGCCUUCCAGUCCACCAGUGGAAGCAUAAGCGACCUUUACAACAUGAUCAACACGGUGAAGUCCACCUGCUCCGAUUCCACCCUUCUUGGGACUUUUGUGGAGAACCACGAUAAUCCUCGGUUUGCCUCGUAUACCGAUGACAUGUCCUUGGCCAAGAAUGCAGCGGCUUUCACCAUCAUGGCAGACGGCAUCCCUAUCAUCUACGCCGGCCAGGAACAGCACUAUAGUGGUGGUAGCGAUCCUGCAAACCGCGAGGCUGUCUGGCUAUCUGGUUACAGUACUGAGAGCGAAUUGUAUAAGCUCAUCGCAAAAGCGAAUGCCAUUCGGUCCCAUGCAAUCACCGAGAGCGAUACUUAUAUCACGUACAAGAACUACCCUGUCUAUCAAGACGGCAGCACACUAGCAAUGCGCAAAGGAGACAAUGGCACACAGACUAUUACCAUUCUCUCGAAUCUUGGGGCAAGUGGGAGCCAGUACACACUCUCACUGGGAAAUACGGGCUAUGAUGUAGGGACUGCUUUGACGGAGAUCAUUACCUGUGCAAGUAUCACCGUUGACAGUAGUGGCAACGUGCCUGUGCCGAUGGCGAGUGGGGAACCAAGGAUUGUCUAUCCCAGUUCGAAUAUUAAGGGGUCUACCAUCUGUGCCUGA